GAUGGCCGCGGCCUAGUGCUGGGAAGUAACGCGGUUAUUACAUGUCACCAUGUCCCUUCUGAGAGCGUGUACCUUCAUUAAAUGCUUCAGUCGGCGCAGUUUGGUGAAAAGAUGUGCUGUUGACCGGUCUUCUGCAGACUGUUGCCGGCUGUGUUUGUCUUUGAGAAACGGCUCAGUCAGACGGAUAUCAGAAACCUCGUUGCAGCUUCAAAGAAGAAGUGUUUCAUUUGUAUUUCCAAAGUCAGAUGAAAGAAAGAAACGUGUCCUUGAACAGUCUCAGUUGUUAGACGUGCUUGAGGCAAGGAUCCAGCAGCUUCAGUCUGACGCCAUUUUAGAUGUCCAUCAUGCAAAGGUGCAUUUUGUUAAAGUUCCCUCUGGUGGAAAAGAUGCUUCAUCUAGUAGGACUCCCAGGAAAGGAUCACCUCAGAACAAAAAGGACAUUCCUAAAUCUGGAGUGCAUAAAGAAACCUCUAAAGCACAGCUCAGCCGCUGGAUGGAAAAAUUGUCCAAAGAGAAGAAAAACAAACUUAAAAAACUGCAUGAAGUCCAGCUGACUUUCCAGAAAAGUGCCAAAGGGCAGCAAACAGUAACAAGGAGCAGUGGCGUGAAACUGCCAAAGAAAGUUAAUGCUGCAGCUUCUUCAUCAACCGCAGCAUCUGCAGGAAGCACACCUGUGUCACAUAAAGUGUCCAAACCGGAACGGAAAUCCUUGGACGGCAAGAGAGCAGGAAAAGAUGGCGAAGAAAAGACGAUCAUCAAGGAACUGCCUAACAAGGAGCUUGACAAAAAACUCAGUCAGCAACGAAGUGACAGGACACUUUCUGAGACCACAGGGGUUCCGCAAGAUGGAGAGGAUCGAGGUCCAUGUAGGGACAUCCAGCUCAGCAUCCUGUCUUACCUGGAAGCGUGUGUGUUCAUGGGGGACAUUGAGCGGGCACAGGACUUCCUGCUCAGUCAGCACAGAAUCCUGUCCCGGCGCAAACAUCUCACCACGGACAUGUACAACAUCUUGAUGAAAGUGUGGGCCAAGAAGGGUGUGUUUGAUCAGGUGAGGCACAUCUCUAUGCUGAUAGAAGAAGCUUGUCUGAAGCCAAAUCUUGCAUCUUACUGUGCUGUGCUCGAGUGUAUGGGCCGCAAUCCAAUCCCCUCCCACAAAGUCACAUCAAGGUGUUUGGCACAGAUGGAAGAGGAAGGCCUGUCUAUAGAUGAUCUGUUCAGCCAGUGUGUGCUUCAGCAAAAUGAGAGAGACUUGCUGCUUAAGGCCAUUCGCCUCGUAAAGAGUGACUACCAACCCAGCCUCAGCCUGCAGACAAAUCAGUGUGAUUCACCACUGGUUCGGGAUUUCUACACACAGAGGGAAACCCACUCCUUCCCCAAACUUGACUUCACCCAAGAGGACCUCCAGGAGCGUUUUAAACGUCAACUGGCUGUGGAGGAGGCUUGCACCAUCACCAUCGAUUCUGUCGAGGCUAUCAAGCCUGUCAAUGAAAACGUGAUCAAAAUGAGGAAACUGCUGGCAAAGCAGCAGGAACAGUGGCACAAGGUCCUCCUCCAGGCUCUGAAGGAGAGCAAGACGAUCCUGGCCAGCAUCAACACCAACGACAGCAGGUGUAAAAUUUAUCCCUAUCUCUGUCUGCUGGAGGAUAGGGAGUAUGUUGACUUUAUGAUACAGAGUGUUUUCAACCUGCCUCCUAUCGGGCAAUCGCUGAGGAUUUUAGCUAAAGAGCUGGGCAACAGGAUCUUCACCAAAUAUUGCGUACAACAAAACCACCAGAAUCAGACAGUGGAGAAACUGAGAAUGAUUUAUAAUGCUUAUACAGAACUGCUGGCCAAAGAUACCAAGGUAUCUAACAUCCUUCCCAGGGAGAAGUGGUAUCAGCUGGAGGUGGAGCAGGGUUUAGGAUCCUUCCUGCACACGGGCAAGUCAAACUGGUCGUUCGUCACAACUCUGGACCUGGGUGUUUUCCUGGUGGACCUGAUGGUGAAGAACCUCAAAAUCAACAGUGACAUCCUGACACCGGAAAACAGCAGAAAGCUCAUUCCCAUCAUCUACCACAUCUAUACCUUCCGCAGCACUCAACAGAUUGGCUUCAUCAAACCCCACCCCAUCCUGAGUCAGAUGCAGCAGGGAGCUAUCGAGACCAAGCUGACAUUUGACUCCUACGUGAUGCCGAUGCUGUGCCCCCCAGUGCCCUGGACCACAGUCAAGUUUGGAGCCUACCUGCUCACGCCGGCCAAACUGAUGCGCAUGAUGGACGGGGCCACUCAUCACAAAAUGCUGCUGGAGAAAUGUCAGAAUCUUCACCCAGUCUUUGACUCACUUAACCAGUUAGGAAACUGUGCCUGGAAGAUUAAUAAACCCAUUUUAGACAUCAUUAUUUCAAUCUUCAAUGAUCGUGGUUCUGAAAAGCUGGAUAUCCCCCCGCCUAUGUCCGAAGCUCCAACAAUUCACUUGGACCCACACAAUCCCACUUGGACAUCCAGCGACAAGACCAACAUGAAAAGACAGAUUAUCAGCGCCAAAAAGAAAUACAACGAAAUGCUCAGCUUGCGCAUGGAUGGUCUUUACAAACUCUCCAUUGCGCAGCACAUGCGUGAUGAGAUCUUCUGGUUCCCUCACAACAUGGACUUCAGAGGACGCACAUAUCCGUGUCCCCCAUACUUCAAUCACCUGGGAAAUGAUGUGACACGGGCGAUACUUCUGUUUGCAGAGGGGAAGCCUCUUGGUUCCAAGGGUCUGGACUGGCUAAAAAUCCACUUAGUCAACCUGACCGGGUUAAAGAAAAAGAGCUCACUGCAGGGGCGUCUAGAUUACGCAAACACUAUUAUGGAAGAUAUCCUGGAUUCUGCAGACAACCCUCUAAAUGGUAAAAAGUGGUGGAUGGAUGCAGAUGAGCCAUGGCAAGCUCUGGCCUGCAGCAUGGAGAUAGCCAAUGCAGUGAGAUCACCUGACCCAUCACAGUUUAUCUCUCAUUUCCCUAUUCACCAGGAUGGUUCCUGUAAUGGUCUCCAGCACUAUGCUGCUCUGGGCAGAGAUGUGAUUGGAGCCAAGUCAGUCAACCUGAUGCCUUCUGAUGUGCCUCAGGACGUAUACAGUGGAGUAGCACAGCAGGUGGAGGAGUUUCGAGCUCAGGAUGCAGCGAAAAAUGUGAAGAUUGCACAGGUGCUGAACGGCUUCAUCAACAGGAAGGUGGUGAAGCAGACGGUGAUGACUGUGGUGUACGGAGUCACUCGCUAUGGGGGACGCCUGCAGAUCGAGAAAAGGCUGAAGGAGAAUGAUGAGUUUCCCAAGGAACAUGUUUGGGAAGCAUCCCAUUAUUUGGUGCGUCUGGUGUUCAAUGGACUGAAGGAAAUGUUUACAGGAACCAGAGACAUUCAGGUGAAGAACAAAUUACAAUCUAUAAAGCUCGAAGUCAGCCAUGAUGCCGAACAGAAACCCAACACAGUUAAACAGAAGAAUGCAUUCCCGCCAAACUUCAUCCAUUCUCUGGACUCCACACACAUGAUGCUGACAUCUCUCCACUGCCACAGUGCUGGCCUGACAUUCGUCUCAGUUCACGACUGUUUCUGGACUCACGCUGUCACUGUGGACACCAUGAACAAGAUCUGUCGUGAGCAGUUUGUCGCCCUGCACAGCCAGCCGAUUCUGCAGGAUCUUUCCAACUUCAUGCUACAGAAAUACUGCAACACCCUCUUGACUGAGGUCAGCAAGAAGAAUUGUAAGGAGCACAAGAAGCUGGUAUCAGUGCUGGCCAAUGUGCCUCAGUCAGGUGAUUUUGAUCUCCAGCAGGUGAAAGAAUCCACUUACUUCUUCAGCUGAGAGGCUCAUGAAGCAGCCUACAGAGAUGAGUGGAGCUGACAGAGUGCAGCAGGGAGGCUGCGGGCUCCAGAGUCUCCCGACAGACACGAGGACAUUGAUCUGGCCGCGCCCUGCCUGCCUCCCGCUCCGCAGACCAGCUGGAGCUGCUGGAGGCGAGCUUGCCUGAUUAACCAGACAGUUAGACUGAUGGAAAGGUGCGCGGGCGACUCACUCGGGCGAAAAACAAAGGCAUCAGCAUCGGAUGGGAACGCUAAGACUUCAAUUACUGAGAAGGAAAAAGAAAACCUCUGGGUGGAUAAUUGUUCAUUUGCCAUACUGAUUCAUGUGUUCAUCUGUCCAUCAAACACUCAUGCUGCUCUGUCACGCUGAGGAAGCACUGACCCUCCCAGUCACUUCCAGGUUACUCUCAAACAUCUCAGCUUCUGAAAAUGUGGACAAAAAAGAAUAUUUUUUUUACUGAACAGGACUCUUGAGAAGUCAAAAGUAUACGAGUCUUCCUGAUUCCUGCCUUUGGAGAUAUUAAAUAAUCGACUAUUUCCCUGAAAUAAACCUGUUUUUUUAAGCUCUCUCUUUUUUUGUUAAGGUCAGAGAAGAAGCUGUUAUUCUUAGCGUGCCUAAAUGGGAUGAAUGAGACAGCUUGUUUUUUAGUCCUAUCUGCAUAUUUCAGCUGUGUUUGUGAGAUGAAGGCCUUCUUUUUGAUGCAGCACAAAAAGCUUCACUAAUCAACUCUGAUCUUAUUUUUCUGGGCCAAAGUCACAUCCAGAAGUUAAAAAUAGCCCAAGUGUUAUCUGAUCAUUACAGCCGUUCCAGACAAAAGGUGUUACUGAUGUUCAAAGUCGAAAUGCAGGCGGCGCCAAAACCAAGCUGGCUGAGUGACAAAGUAAUAUAGUGAAACAGAAAUAUUCAUGGAUGGAGGCGGGGCAUCCACUGCGCUAUAUAAAUAAAACAAAUUGAAUUGAAUUUUAAGAUGCAACUUUGAUCAGUUCCUUUAUUCUUCUGGUUGAAAUUAUCUGUCACCUGCUGGCUCYAAUCAUGAACUACAGUUUGUUUUGCUCUGUCCAUUUUUCCCCACUCUGGUUUCAUUUGAGGUCCAGCUUCUCUUAUCACCWCCUUUAAGACACUGAAACUCACUUUACGGACGUGGAAAUGUAAAACUUUGAGGUGUACAUUUAUUUGUUUAUGUGACGGUUUAUUUUUUUGUAAUCAGACAUUUCAGAGAUAAGUUAGCACAAAUAAAAGACUUGGUCAGUCA